AUGGGGCCUUAUCAACUAGAUAUGUUGGAGUAUCUGGCUACAAAAUUUGGAAGUCAAAAUCAUCGAUUUCAGAAAAAAUGGUUCCAGAAAUUUCAUUGGUUGGAAUAUUCGCCUUCAACAAAUAAGGCAUAUUGUUUUUAUUGUUUUCUUUUUCUGAAUGAUAUUAAUUCAUCUAAUAUCUCAGCACUGGUCAAUGAAGGAUUUGACAAUUGGAAAAGAGUAAAUCAAGGAAAAACAUAUGCAUUUCUUGCUCAUAUUGGUUCUGUAGCUUCUUCGCCUCAUACUAUGUGUGAGAGAAGGGCUGAAAAUUUGAUGAGACCCUCUCAACAUAUCGAUAAUGUGAUUCAUGUUCAAGCUAAAGAGGAAAAGGAGAAAAAUCGUUUGUGUUUGAGGACCUCAAUUGUCACUGUUCGCUGGCUAGCACUUCAAGGUUGUGCCUUUAGAGGCAACGAUGAAUCUCUAUCUUCAUCUAAUCGUGGAAAUUUUCUUGAAUUGGUGAAGGCUUUUGCAAAAAUGAGUACAGAAAUUAUUGAAGUUGUACUAGAAAAUGCUCCAAAAAAUGCUCCAAAAAAUGCUCAAUAUAUUGCUCCAGAAAUUCAGAAAGAGAUUUUACAUAUUAUGACCAAUAGAGUACGACAGAUGAUUCGUAAAGAAAUUGGAGAUAAAGUCUUUUGUAUUCUUGUUGAUGAAGCACAAGAUAUAUCUAAAUGGGAGCAAAUGACCAUUAUCUUGAGAGGUCAAGGAUAUGAUGGUGCUAGCAAUAUACGUGGUGCAUGGAAUGGGCUUCAGGCAUUAUUUCUCAGAGAUUGUCUUUACGCAUAUUAUAUCCACUGCUUUGCUCAUCGACUACAACUAACAUUGGUUUCUACAACCAAGGAUGUCAGUGUUAUUUGGGAAUUCUUUUCUCAUUUGGACAAUAUUGUCAAUAUUGUCACUUCCUCUACUAAGCGUAUUGCUGAGUUACGUACUGCACAAAGAAAUGAAAUUGAACAUAUGUUGGCAAUUGGAGAACGUGAUUCCGGAAGUGGGGCCAAUCAGAUUGGUAUGUACGCUGCAACUUGCAAAGUUUUUGAAGUUCUUAGUGACUAUUCUCCAAAUGCAAGAGCUAAGGCUAAAGUUCGGGGAAUUUACAGAAACAUGGCAAACUUUGAAUUUGUGUUCAUUUUGGAUUUAAUGCAUAAAAUUAUGAGAACAACAGAUACUCUUUGUCAAAUUCUUCAAAGAAAAUCUCAAGAUAUUUUGACUGCUAUUACAUUUAUCUCUACUACCAAAAUUAUCCUUCAAAAACUUAGAGAAUGCGGUUGGGAAGAAUUUCUUCAUGAAGUGAAAGUUUGUUGUUCGAGAAAUGAAAUUAAUGUGCCUGACCUUGAUUGCCAAUAUACGAUAGGUCGUUCUCGUCAGCAAACUACAGUUGAGCAUCAUUACCACUUUAAUGUUUUUAAUGUAGCAAUAGAUUCCAUCUUGAUGGAGUUAAAUACUCGGUUCAAUGAGUCAUCGAUGGAACUACUUUCUCUUAGUACAACUUUAGAUCCUAAAAAUUCAUUUGACUCAAUCAACAAUGAUGAUAUUUGCAAACUUGCAAAGAAGUUUUAUCUUGAAGAUUUCACAUGUCAAGACAUCGUUGCUUUGGAAUAUGAAUUAGUACAUUAUAAACUUGAUGUAGUGCAAAAUUUGAAGAUUUCAACACUUGUUGAGUUGUGUCAGCAAUUGACUGAGAGUGGACGGUCAAAGGUUUACAUUAUUUUGACUAGAUUGAUUCAUCUUAUUUUGGCGUUACCUGUUUCUACCGCUACUACUGAGCGAGCAUUUUCAGCAAUGAAGCAUGUGAAGAUGGCACUUCACAAUAAAAUGGGGGAUGAUUUUCUUGAAGAUUAUUUAACACUCUAUAUUGAACGAGAUUUAGCUAAAGAUAUAAAUGUAGAUUCUAUUAUAGAUGAAUUUUAUGUUUCAAAAUCUCGUAGGGCACAAUUUUGA